UAUGGGGUGGUAAUCAAGAACACUUGCUUUCAAUAUCAAAAAGGAGCUGCUUGACAUAACUGCCCAUGAAUUUUCAAAUCUUUCAUAACCCGAAAAGGUACAUAUAUCACACAAGUUUGAACCCAUUCAUCUUAUUGGAAGGGGUGUAAAAGUCUUUUGAUCAAUUAGAACAGGCACAUAGAACUAUACAUUCUCAAUCGCCUACAAUACAAUUACCAUUUUCAGCACCUUACCAAGAUUCACAACAAAAACCACCCAUGGAUCAGUUUCUUAAGCCCGGUUCUCUUUCCAAAACUCUCCUCUUCCUUUUUCUCCUCUUUUCCACAAAUCUUCUCACCUUUUUCAUUUCCACCACUUUAUAUUCUCCUUGCUCUCUCAACCUGCCACCCGCUGCCGAUGCUGAAGAAGACGAUGUUCAAGUAUCUGAUGACCCUCAAACUACUUCAGACUUGCCACCAGAAUUCCUAGCCUUUACAUCAGCCCAACUACUUCCUUUUGGAUACAACUCCAACUUCGAUUCCGACACAAUCUUCCCUCCAGUGGGCCGACCUUGCACCCUCUUUCCCGAUGAACUCCGCGGCUUCAUGUCAUACAAAGUAAACGGUUCCUGCCCUGACGAUGAACUUCUCGCCCAAAAGCUCCUCCUCAGAGGCUGCGAACCACUCCCCCGCCGCCGCUGCCACCCAGUGGCUCCGCCGGAGUUUGCCGAACCCUACCCACUUCCCGCCAGCCUGUGGGCCUCCCCACCUGACUCAUCAGUUGUCUGGACUUCAUACACUUGCAAGAACUAUACGUGUCUAAUCCACCGUAAGAAAAACAAGGGGUUUGAUGACUGCAAAGACUGUUUUGACCUUGAAGGUCGAGAGAAAACUCGAUGGGCUCAACCAGGCACCAGUACUGGUCCCGACUUUUCCAUUGAUGAUGUGCUAGCAGUAAAAAGCCCGGGGACAAUCCGGAUAGGGCUUGACAUUGGAGGUGGUGUGGCCACAUUCGCCGUAAGGAUGAGAGAGAGGAACAUAACUAUAAUAACUACUUCAAUGAACUUAAACGGUCCUUUCAACAGCUUUAUAGCUUCAAGAGGAGUUGUACCCAUGUACAUAAGCAUUUCUCAGAGGCUUCCCUUUUUCGACAACACGUUGGAUAUUGUCCACUCAAUGCAUGUGUUGAGUAACUGGAUUCCAACUACGCUACUACACUUCUUGUUUUUUGACGUCUACAGGGUGCUUAGGCCAGGUGGGUUGUUUUGGCUCGAUCAUUUCUUCUGUGUGGGGGACCAGUUGGAGGAGGUUUAUGCGCCGCUCAUUAACAGCAUUGGAUUUGAAAAGGUGAAGUGGGAAGUGGGGCCGAAGCUAGAUCGAGGACCGGAGCUCCGGGAGAUGUACCUUUCAGCUUUGUUGGAGAAACCAUUGAAGAACUCUUGGUGACUGUAGCUGUAAUUUCCUUAAUUUUUCCAACGGAGGUUUCUGUUUUCUUUCCUUUUCCUUUUUCUGAUCUCAGAAUCUGUCUCUAAAUUGUAAAUGUAAUUUCUGCAAAAAGAAUCGCAGUUAGUAGGACUAGGGUAAUGAAAUUACUCGAUUUGAAUGUUUUUCGUUCAUAUAUGCACCAUGACAACAGUGUUUAUCC